AUGGGCUUCCUGGGCGUGCUGGCCUCCUUGACAGCCCCGCUGGCCUACGUCAUCGUCCUAUUCGGGGGCCUCUCACUCUUCUCAAAGAUCUACAGACGGCGAGCAGCAGCUUCGGCGACUUAUGAGCCUUGGUACCCUCCGCACCACGAUCGUGACAUCUAUGUCUCACUUCUCUCGCUCGAGCCACCGCCUCAGCUGCCGAUCCUCGUCGCUGCAUUGCUCAGGCGAGCUGUCUUCGACGUCAAGCUGAUGUGGCAGAACCGGGAGACCAAACAGGCGCUCAACCAGUUGCUACUCAAAGGACAGAUCGGAGACGAGUUGUGGAACCGCUUCCUGGUCGCAGAGAAGGAGCUCGAAUUGGAAUUGGUAGAGGUCGUAGAGGAAGCCAAUACGCUCAAAGAGGGCUGGGGUCAAGUCAUCUUUGGCCUGGCGAACGAGAUGGCCAUGCACGAGAAGCAGAAGGAGAUCUACGAGCAAAUACCGAGCUUGCGAGCCCAAGAGAAAGCGCGCCUCGAGGAAUCUCUCAUCAGUGCGCCCAAGGAACUUCAGAUCUCAGGCGCAGUACCGCUCGGUGCCUACAAGCCCGUGUCGCCCAGUGCGAGACAGAUCGCCCUCAACGCUCAGGCCAUGCAGGCGAUGCAACAGCAACAGCAAGCCAUGCAACAAGCUCAAAUGCAAGCCAUGCAAGCAGCGCAAGGCAAGGCAACGCCCGGACAAGGACCGCUUCUUCAAGUUGGCCCUGCACCGCCUGUGACGAAUGGCACGGCGAAUGGCAAGGCAGUCAAGAUCGGAGCGUUGACCAAUGGAUCACUCGCACCGCCACCCGCCACCGGCUCACGUGCCACGUCUUCCAACGGCGAUGGCGACGAAGACUCUGAUGAGGACAGUCCGGAAGAGAAGCCGUCUGGUCAGCCGCGCAAUGCGGCCAGCAUGGCCGCAAAGAAGGCUCGCAACAAGAAGAAGAAAGCUGCAAAGGCAAAGAAAGCAAAAUGA